UCCGGACCUGCGCCCACAGCCCGCCGCCAGCCACUGGCACUUUCGCCUUCUCUCCCUCAUUCCGCGCGGCGUCCAGAGCCCGCCAGGGACUCCGAGGCCUGAGAGUCGAGUCCCGCCGACGUCGUAGCCCCGUGCCGUGGCAGCAUGAGCGCGCACGGCCCGGCCCUCGGCCUCCUCCUGCUGCUGCUGUGUCCAGUGCAGGGCUUUUCCACCAGUAUCUUGGGAGCCAUGGUUGCUUCUUGAUAACCCUGUUUCUCUGUGGGACUGACGAUUGCGAAACUGCGAGCCUGCCGCCCUGGCCAGCUUGGCGGAGCUCCGUGGCUGUCAGUAAUGCGAUGACUCACACUGCACCCUCCUUCCCUCUCCAAGUUUCUGGCAGCCUUGUGACUCCCAUGUGGGCAGUGUUUUCACAGUCCUGUGUUUGGUAUGGAGAGUGUGGAAUUGCAAGUGGAGAUAAGAGGUACAAUUGCAAAUAUUCUGGGCCGCCAAAACCAUUGCCGGAGGACGGAUAUUACUUAGUGCAGGAACUCUGUCCAGGAUUCUUCUUUGGCAACGUCAGUCUCUGUUGUGAUGUUCAGCAGCUUCAGACACUGAAAGAUAGCCUACAGCUCCCACUACAGUUUCUGUCCAGAUGUCCGUCCUGUUUUUAUAACCUAAUGAACCUGUUUUGUGAGCUGACAUGUAGCCCUCAACAAAGUCAGUUUCUGAAUGUUACAGCAAUUGAAGAUUAUGUUGAUCCUGUUACAAACCAGACGAAAACAAACGUGAAAGAAUUACAGUACUAUGUUGGAGAGAGUUUUGCCAAUGCCAUGUACAACGCCUGCCGGGACGUGGAAGCCCCCUCAAGUAACGUUAGAGCCCUGGGACUCCUGUGUGGGAAGGACGCUGAUGCCUGCAAUGCCACCAACUGGAUUGAAUACAUGUUCAACAAGGACAACGGCCAGGCCCCUUUCACCAUCACACCCAUUUUUUCAGAUUUUUCAGUCCAUGGGAUGGAACCCAUGAACAAUGCCACCAAGGGCUGUGACGAAUCUGUGGACGAGGUCACGGCACCAUGCAGCUGCCAGGACUGCUCAGCGGUUUGUGGCCCCAAGCCGCAGCCCCCGCUCCCUUCUGUCCCCUGGAGAAUCCUGGGCCUGGACGCCAUGUAUGUCAUCAUGUGGAUCACCUACAUGUCAUUUUUGUUAGUGUUUUUUGGGGCAUUUUUUGCCAUGUGGUGCUACAGAAAACAGUAUUUUGUCUCCGAGUACACCUCCAUUGGUGGCAGUAUAGCUUUCUCUGUAAAUGCCGGUGACAAAGGGGAGGCAUCCUGCUGUGACCCGGUUAGUGCAGCAUUUGAGGGCCGUCUCAGGGGGCUCUUCACACACUGGGGCUCUUUCUGCGUCCGAAACCCUGGCUGCAUCAUUUUCUUCUCCCUGGCCUUCAUUGCUGUGUGUUCUUCGGGCCUGGUGUUCGUCCAGGUCACGACCAACCCCGUUGACCUCUGGUCAGCCCCCAGCAGCCAGGCACGCCUGGAAAAAGAGUACUUUGACACACACUUUGGGCCUUUCUUCCGCACGGAGCAGCUUAUCAUCCGGGCCCCCCACACCAACACGCACACUUACCAGCCCUACCCCUCAGGAUCUGACGUGCCCUUUGGACCUCCGCUGGACAUAGAGAUUUUACACCAGGUCCUUGACUUGCAAAUAGCCAUCGAAAACAUUACUGCAUCUUACAACAAUGAGACUGUGACCCUUCAAGAUAUCUGCUUGGCCCCUCUCUCACCAUAUAACCAGAACUGCACCAUUAUGAGCGUGUUAAAUUACUUUCAAAAUAGCCAUUCCAUGCUAGACCACAAAAUCGGAGACGACUUCUUUGUGUAUGCGGAUUAUCACACACACCUUCUGUACUGUGUACGGGCUCCUGCCUCUCUGAAUGAUACAAGUUUGCUCCACGAUCCUUGUCUGGGUACGUUUGGUGGACCAGUGUUCCCAUGGCUUGUGUUAGGAGGGUAUGAUGAUCAAAACUACAAUAACGCCACAGCCCUUGUGAUCACCUUCCCUGUCAAUAAUUACUAUAAUGACACAGAGAAGCUCCUGAGGGCCCAGGCCUGGGAAAGAGAGUUUAUUAAUUUUGUGAAAAACUACAAGAAUCCAAAUCUGACUAUUUCUUUCACUGCUGAACGAAGCAUUGAAGAUGAACUAAAUCGUGAAAGUAACAGUGAUAUCUUGACUGUUGUAAUCAGCUAUGGCAUCAUGUUUCUGUAUAUUUCCAUAGCCUUGGGGCACAUCGAAAGCUGUAGCAGGCUUCUAGUGGAUUCUAAAAUCUCCCUCGGCAUCGCGGGUAUCCUCAUUGUGCUGAGCUCAGUGGCAUGUUCAUUGGGCAUCUUCAGCUACAUCGGGAUCCCCCUCACCCUCAUUGUGAUUGAAGUCAUCCCAUUCCUGGUGCUGGCUGUUGGGGUGGACAACAUCUUCAUUCUCGUCCAGACCUACCAGAGAGAUGAACGUCUUCAAGAAGAAACACUGGAUCAGCAGCUGGGCAGGGUACUAGGAGAAGUGGCGCCUAGUAUAUUCCUGUCAUCCUUUUCAGAGACCAUAGCAUUUUUCUUAGGGGCUCUGUCGAUGAUGCCGGCUGUACGCACUUUCUCUCUGUUUGCGGGCAUGGCAGUCUUCAUUGACUUCCUUCUUCAGAUUUCCUGUUUUGUGAGCCUCUUGGGGUUAGACAUUAAGCGUCAAGAGAAGAAUCGCCUGGACAUCCUUUGCUGUAUCAAAGGUUCUGAGGACGAAGCAAGUGUCCAGGCCUCAGAGAGCUGCUUGUUCCAGUUCUUCAAAAACUCCUUUUCUCCAUUUCUGCUGAAGGACUGGAUGCGACCGAUUGUGAUAGCAGUGUUUGUGGGCGUGCUGUCAUUCAGUAUCGCAGUCCUGAACAAAGUAGAAAUCGGAUUGGAUCAAUCUCUUUCAAUGCCACAUGACUCCUAUGUGAUGCAUUAUUUCAAGUCCCUCAAGUACCUGCAUGCAGGUCCGCCUGUAUACUUUGUCCUGGAGGAAGGACACAACUACACUUCUCUGAAAGGGCAAAACAUGGUGUGCGGGGGCAUGGGCUGUGACAGCGACUCCCUGGUGCAGCAGAUAUUCAACGCAGCUCAGCUGGACAACUAUACCCGAAUCGGCUUUGUUCCCUCAUCUUGGAUUGAUGAUUAUUUUGAUUGGAUCAAGCCCCAGUCUUCUUGCUGUAGAGUCCACAAUACUACUGAUCAGUUCUGCAAUGCUUCAGUGGUUGACCCUGCCUGCGUCCGCUGCAGGCCUCUGACUCGGGAGGGCAAACAGAGGCCUCAGGGUGAAGACUUCAUGAGAUUCCUGCCCAUGUUCCUUUCCGAUAACCCGAACCCCAAGUGUGGCAAAGGGGGACAUGCUGCUUACGCGUCAGCAGUAAACAUCCUUGACAAUGACACAGAUGUUGGAGCCACUUACUUCAUGACCUACCACACUGUGCUGCAGACCUCUGCUGACUUUAUUGAUGCCAUGAAAAAAGCCCGCUUGAUCGCCAAUAACAUCACCAAAACCAUGGGCCUCACAGGCAGCGCUUACCGUGUGUUCCCAUACAGUGUAUUCUACGUCUUCUACGAACAGUACCUGACCAUCAUUGAUGAUACGGUCUUUAACCUUGGAGUGUCCCUGGGAGCGAUCUUCCUGGUGACCAUGGUUCUCCUGGGCUGUGACCUGUGGUCUGCGGUGAUCAUGUGUGUCACCAUUGCCAUGAUCUUGGUGAACAUGUUUGGCAUCAUGUGGCUGUGGGGCAUCAGUCUGAAUGCAGUUUCACUGGUCAACUUGGUUAUGAGCUGUGGCAUUUCAGUGGAGUUCUGCAGCCAUAUAACGAGAGCGUUCACAGUGAGUGUGAAGGGAAGCCGCGUGGAGCGUGCGGAAGAGGCUCUGUCUCACAUGGGCAGUUCUGUAUUCAGUGGCAUCACACUAACAAAAUUUGGAGGGAUUGUGGUGUUGGCCUUUGCCAAAUCUCAAAUUUUCCAGAUAUUUUACUUCAGGAUGUAUUUAGCUAUGGUCCUACUGGGAGCCACUCAUGGAUUAAUAUUCCUACCUGUUUUACUUAGUUAUAUAGGACCGUCAAUAAAUAAAGCUAAAAGUUUGGCCACUCAAGAGUGAUACUGAGGUACAGAGCAAGAAAACUCCAACUCUUAAAUUUCUAGCGGUCUUACGGGGCUUGGGGACUUUGAACUGUGCGGGUCAGUCAGUUGGACAAUAGCUGCGUGAUCAGGACCAAGGUGAACACUAGAUGUUACUGAACGUCCAGCUCAGGAAUGCAAGGUUGGCUUGUGAAGCAGUAUUAUUCAACCUGACGGCAGUCCUGGGAUGGCUGAGACAUCUUGCCGCUCUCCAGGAACGAGAACUAACUCUUCAGCAAGUGGAAGGCAACACUAGGAUGACUGAUCUGCUCACACUGACACUUUCUAAAGGGCAAUCAAUGCACUGUUCUUCCUUUUUUUAGGAGUAAGCCAUCACACACAAGUUCUAUACCAUAUUUUUAGUGACAUAUGAGGAUGUUUAUAAACUUUAACAUUUUGUAGUUUAAAGAGCUUUAUUGCAAUAAAUUAACUUUUUACACAUUUUUAUAUAUAUUAAAAAAAAAAACUAGCAAGUGAUUUCAGAAUGUUGUAGGCCUCAUUAGAGCAUGGUCUCCAAAAACCUGUUUGAAAAAAGCAACAUGUUCUUCACAGUGUUCUCCUAAAGGAAAUACAGAUUUAAUCCAUUAGACAUGGCACCAAAAACAAGAAAACCAACACUUUAUAGCUCAGAGAUGUGUAUACUUGGGUCUUAAUUUAUUUUUCUUUCUGAAAAUACAUGGCUUUCCUAAGCUUUGUAUUUACACAGCUCCUACCAUUGCAGCUGGUCAGGCAGCUAAUCUUUAGUGGUAAUUAAUGCCAUCUCACACUGCACACUCAUUUCCCAUCCUAAGGAAGGACGCCCAGAUUUCCCAACUUUGGAGAUAAAGAGUGAUCAGUGUUUCCUGCUUGAAACAUUAAUAAGCCUCAGGACAUUUAAAACCCUUAACUGCUAUUUCCUGUUUUGUUUUUCACUUUUGGGAAGGGACUUCUAAGCAGACACACACUGCGCCGACUGCCUGAGUUGGGGCCUGAAAGUCUCCUACCCAGGACACCUCCCCUGCACAGGCCAGGCGCACCUCAGCUCCCAUGGGCAUACUGACUCCACUCUCCCUACAGUUCCUGGGCUAAGGGUGGGGGUGCUGUUAGAAAGCUCACCCAGGGGCUCUUCCUAAAAGGCUUCCCGCCCACCACCUACCAGUGUUCUCACCACUACUGUGUUCUCACCUGGUGUGAAAUGAGGGCUUCCUCGCAGACGCUGGUUUCGCUGUUCAAAAAACCGGAAUAUAGUGUAGAAAAGCAUGUUGUCUUCAGUCUGCUUCGCAGCAUCUAAAAAUUUCCGUGCAGAAAUGUUGUCGUGGCCACCAAUGCCCCGGAUGAACCUUAAGGCGGCUAACACUUGGUGUUUGGAAAGAAGAACUUCUACUAUUUCAUCAUUGGCUGUCGAAAGUCGCUGGAAGUAAGGAAGAAAAGCCUGGAAUGAAUGCAAGCAGCAGGAACAGACUUGUGUGCAAUUGAAAACUGAUGUAUCAGUUACCUUCAACAUAUCCAGAGACAGUUGAUGGGCAGGAGGAUAAAAACUCUCUAGGGAUAACAGCAGACAAGCCUGAAAGACAGAUUUUCAGACUUGCUUCAGCAUAGGAUGUUAGAAAGUUUAAUUUUUAAUCACAAAAUUCUGGUGACACAUACCAGCGGCUUUGAGUCACUGAGGACAUGGUACUGCAGGAACUGGUGCAGCAUAUAGAAGAGGUUGUGCUGGACAAGUGUCUUGAUGACAAGCUCAUGUAGGUAAUGCUGAGGACGAAAAUGGAAGCAAAGGCCAUUUCCCAAUCGCCCAACUACAGCAGACUAGCGACUAGGUUUCUGGAGGACUGGGGCUAUCCAAACUGAUAGGUAAAAGUUUAAGGGAAGCACGUUCUAUGUGCUGGUCAUAAAACCCAACUUGAUAUGACAGGCUCAUUCCACCUACAAACAAGGUGGGACUGCUGGGACAGUCACUCAGCAGUCUCAGUGUGGGGCCAGUUGAGCAUAGAAGAGACAGUCAUCCUAGUUAAGGUAAUGACUGUGCUUUUAUCUUGUAAAAAAAAACCCGCUCCUCUAACUUGGAACAAAUACCGAUUUCUAGGUACCUGUACCGCAAUCUGAAACUGGUUAAGAGAGCGGAUAUAUUCCAUCAGGACGGCUAUCACAAACUUGGGCGGCAGCUCCUACACAGGGAAGAAGGUGAUCUUAGAGACAUCACACAGUUGUCCAGGAGAUGACAUCUAACUGUUUACCCAGCACCGCUUGUUUCCAAGAUGAACUGGCCCAGUGUUCUCUCUCUCUGGUUUUAGACAGAAUCCUCCAGGACCUCCCCUGUUGAUGAUCAUGUUUAGGCCCAAGUGUUAGAAGCCAAACUUUCAGCAUUGCAAGAUCCUCACCCAAAGCAACUCGCCAUUCUAAUCAUAGUGAAUUACACUGCUUUUCCUCAACCCCCUUCCAGUAAGAUCUUGUCCUGAGAAUCCGUGGUCCAGGAGAGGCUGAUGCACUGUAACCUACCUUCUUCUCUGUGAACACCGACAGGACGUGGGUGUACAGGUCAGACUGGUCAACCACAGCUUGGGUCCGCACCGGCCUUUUGAGAAGUGGACUGUUCCGGCUCUGCCCUGCUUCUACUGCCUAAAUAAUAAAUUACAAUUGUGAUCUCUGUCAUCUUCCAGGUAAUGGUGCGUUUGCAGUUAAUCGAAAAAGAAUCCCUAGCUGCUGUGAACCUAGCAUAUGGACAGAGGGUGAUGCUUCUUAGAAGUAUUUUCCUGUGUUGGCUGGGGGAGAGUUAGGAAGUCAGAAUUGGUCAUCUUGAAAAUACACCAAUGUUCAUGGAUGGAACUAAAAAAGCAUAAGUCAUAUUUUCUCUAGACAUUUUUUAACCUCUUAAAAUAACUCUUCUAAUUUUCUUAAUCACAGACUUAGCAUUUGUUAUCUAAUAAAAAUGAAAUGGCUUACUGAA